AUGGUUUUUACAGACGAAGAACAACCUCUGCUCCGGAUCAUAUCCCAUGAUCUCGAUACCAGCAGCAACCAGGAGCAGCCCAACGGCGACCCCGCGGAUCCAAAUGACUUGCUCGAUUUCGAACCUUUGGACCCUGAGGAUCCUAAGAAUUGGAGCUGGGGAUUUAAAUGGGGUAUUGUUUUGUUACUUGCGCUGAUGGCAUUUACAGUAACAUUCACAUGCAUAGGCGUCGUCCCUGUCGCCAGCACAAUUGUCCGCGACCUCGACAACGGACAUUCCAUGUCCUCAACCAACAGCGCCCUGCUCGUCACAAUCUGGGAACUAGGCGAAGCAGCGGGUCCCCUCCUCAUAGCACCAUUAUCAGAAAUCUUCGGCCGCCGCCCCGUCAUGCAUUUUUGUAACUUUGGUUUCAUCGCCGCCACCAUCCUCGCAGCAGCCAGUCAAUCUAGCACCGUUUUCAUUGCCGCGCGCAUGCUAACGGGGCUGUGCGUUGCAUCCAACGUGCUCAAUCCCGCUAUUAUCGGGGAUAUCUUUUCCAGCGAGCAGAGGGGUUCAGCCAUGAGUCUUAUCAUGCUGGCGCCGCUAAUUGGAGGCGCGAUUGGCCCGGCGAUUUCAGGGGCGAUUGCGCAGACGAUGGGGUGGAGGCAGAUUUUAGUUAUUGCCGCUGGACUGGCGGUGUUUUGCGAGGUCUUGUUCCUGCUCUUCUUCCGUGAGACGUACAAGAUGGCGAUUUUGAGGAGGAGAGAGGAUGAGAGGGUCGACAGUACGCAUGAACCUAAGAGCGCUCAUGCUGGUGCGAAGAGGCUUUGGCAUUCCAUCACGAGGCCAUUUGCAGUGCUUUUUGGAUCAAAUGUUCUCAUGCUACUUUCGCUCUUUGCGUCGGUGGCGUUUAGCUACUUUUACGUCAUCAGUGUGUCGUUACCUGGGAUACUAGUUGAGAACUACGGGUUUGAACUUGCGUUAACGGGGUCAUCGUUUGUUUCUUUUAGCAUCGGCUCCUUCCUCAGUGUCCUCGUCUGCAAUUUCACCCUCGACCGCAUCUACAUCCACCUCCGCAACCGCAACCCUUCCGGAACAGGAAAACCAGAAUACCGUCUCCCCCUCUCCAUCAUCGGCGGCAUCUUACUCCCCUUUUCCGUCACAGCCUACGGCUGGAUUGCAGAGUACCGUCUCCCCGUCCUCUUGCUGCUGGCGUCAGUGGCGCUCAUGGGGUUUACCCUGUUGUUGACCGUGGUCCCGUUGAGCGCGUAUGUGGUCGAUGCUUGUGGCAUGUACUCUGCGUCGGCUAUGACGGGCGUUAUUGUGACGAGGUGUCUUGUGGGCACUUUUUUGCCGCUGACGACGGCGCCGUUGGCGGAGAGGUUGGGUUACGGGUGGGGGUUUAGCUGUUUGGGGGCGUUGAGUUUGGGGCUGGCGGUUAUUCCGGUCAUGAUACUUAAGUUCGGGGAGAAGUGGAGGCAGAGGUCGGAGUUUACUAUGGAUUCUUAG